AUGCGUGCUCGCCAAGCCCGCGCCGUCCUCUCGCGCCUUGGCAGCGGCACGCCCUCGGCGCCGUCGCAGCCGCCGCUGCGCGCACUGGCCACCUCCUCGCCGUCUCUCGCGCCUCAGCCACGCUCCUCCUGGACGACGGCGCCGCGGCAUGCCUCGCCCGGCGCCGGCGGCACCUCGGCGGCGCCCAACGAGGACCCCUCGGCGUCGCUGGGCCGCCACUUCUACCUCAACAAGGUCCUCGAGGCCUAUGCCGCGCGCCCCGCCACGCGCAUGACGCUCCGCCAGCUCGUCUUCUUCGGACGCAGACUGGGCGGCGACAGGGAGAAGAUACUGCGUUCGGCCAACUACGUGCGCCAAGAGCUGCCCGUGCGCCUGGCACAUCGCAUCCGUGAUCUGCAGGCGCUGCCCUUCGUCGUCAUGACGAACAAGCAUCUGGGCGAGGUGUACAACAAAUACUGGCAUGCUUUCGAGACCUUCCGACGCUUUCCCCAGAUCCGCAGCAUGGAAGACAACGAGGCCUUCUGUGCCACGCUCAAGGCUGCGUUGGAUGAUCACUUGACCAUCAUCCCGUCGCUGACGAUUGGCAUCGUCGAGGCGAGCGCGCACUUGCCGCCGGAUCGCUUGGAUCGCUUCAUGGAGCGCAUGCUGAGGAGUCGCAUCGCUCGUCGUGUGCUGGCAGAACAACACAUUGCUCUUUCCGAAGCUCUCGACGACCCCUUUCAUUUCUUCAACGACAUGGCCUCGGACCCCACGUCGGCCGACGCACCCGCCGCCGCGGCCGGGCCCGGCGAGCACGUGGGCAUCAUCUACACGCAGCUCUGCGUGUCGGAGGUGGUGCGCAAGGGCGUGCGCCUGCUGCGCGAGAUGUUUGCGCGCGAAAUGGGCCGCAUGCCAAACGACGAAUGGAUCCCCGAGGUGGCCGUCGAUGGCGAUUUGGAGGCCAGGUUCGCGUACAUCCCGGAACAUCUCGAGUACAUCAUCUUCGAGCUGCUCAAGAAUGCAAUGUCGGCCGUCAUGCGUCGGCCGAUGGAGGAGCGCGAUGUGAUUCCAAUUCGAGUCACGAUUGUCGAGGGCCCGCCGGAUGAGGAUCUGAUCGUAAGGAUCUCGGACUGUGGCGGCGGGCUUCCCGAUCUAGUCGAAGAGAUCACCUCACGACAAGAGCAGCUCUCGCUGCCUCCAAAAGCCUCGGCCCACGCGCAUCCUCUCCUCGCCGCCGUGUCCGAGGGCCGCGAUCCGCCCGCCUACACCGACGACGAGCUGCCCGCCUCCUCUCUCAAUCUCGACGGCGUGCUUCCUGCGCGUCAAGGCUCCAUCUCCACUUUCUCCUCCUCUUCGUCGUCGUCCUCCUCCUCCUCUGCCUCUCGUCGGCGAAGCUCCUCGCCGCGCGAACGCAAGGCAGACGCCACCGCCGGCGACCAGGCGCUCAUCGACGUGCUCACCUCCUUUUCCAGCGUCCGCCGGCGCCUCGAGCUCGAGGAGGAGAUGCGCCAGCGCCGCAGACACAAGCAGCAGCCGCCGACGCUGGGCCUGGCGACGAGCGAAAAGUUCCGCAUCACCGACACGGGCAUUGGCUCGCAGGAGCGGCUGGAUGCGUUGAGAUCGGUACGAGUGUUCAAAGGCACAGUGGCAGAGCAGCUUUCAGUAGCGACAUCUCAAGCCGUGGAUGCGACGUCCAUCGGCGUCAACACCGCCUCUCGCGUGCAAGAGAAGCAGCCCUCGUGGGUGCCGCGCGGCGACGACGGCACGCCGGCGCAUGCCAGUCGUCCCGAGACGGGCCUCGGCCUGCCAAUGACGCGCAUCUACACGGAGUUCCUCGGCGGACGCUUGAGUCUGCGCUCCGUUGAUGGCGGCGGACUGGACGUCUAUCUGCGCCUCCAGAAGCUGGGCGAUGAGAAGGAGCGCAUCGACGACAUUGAAAUGUGAUUAGUUGGCGAUGUCUCUCUC